GUUUGUAAUGAACGUGGCUUAUACGGAUAAUCCCCGAAGUAAAUCAAAAAUAUGUUUAAAUAUACGCUUUUUUUCAUAAUUGCUACUGAAGUGUGUGCCAAACUAGAUGAGAAGAUAGAAUGUGAUCGAAGACCGUUGGGGGCGAAAACAUACCCUCUGCCUUCAGACAACAGGUUUGCGCUGAAGAUUAGCGGACUCGAAAAUGAAUACAUACCCGAUAAGGAAUAUCCUAUAACAUUGUAUUCUCGAGACAACAUAUCAACAUUCAUUGCAUUCACAAUAUCGGCUAGGGAAGAUGAGAUAUUGAAUGGAAAGAAUGGCAGACCGCUGCACCUGCACCCAGGGCGGAUAUUCCCGUCCCGCUACUCCGAUGAGGGCAUGAUCAGCCCCAACUGUAAUAACACCGUCAUACAAGCGAAUAUCAACCCUAAGUAUCAUGUGGAGGCAUCCUGGAGAGCACCUCCAAAGGACAACAAGUGUGUGACGAUCUACGCUCUAGUGGCAGUCAAAUACGACGUUUGGUAUGACUAUGAUGGCCCACUCUCCAAAAGGGUUUGUGAGGAUCGCCGCAAGGCAGCUGACAUGCCACCUAUCAUAAAUGAUGACAACUGUAAUGUGUGUGAAGAUGCUAAGUUUCAGCUAACCUUCGAAGGCACAUGGUCAUUCAACACGCACGAGUUCAUGUUCCCGAAGACGCCCGGCGUGGCGCGCUUCAGCGACAUCGUGGGCGCGUCUCACGGCAACGGCUUCUGUCUCUACAAGCUCAACAAGAUGGCCACCGAGGGGCUCAAGAUGCUCGCUGAGCAGGGGAACACUACGCAGCUGGAGCAGGAGGUGCAGCAAGAGUUGGGCAACAAAGUGAGGACAAUUAUAAAAGCGACAGAGCCACCCAGUCCAAGCAUGUCGACCAGUGCGGUGUUCAGAGCUGGACCCAAUCACCAUCGAGUGUCCAUGGUGGCAGCCAUCAUACCCUCGCCUGAUUGGUUCCUCGGAGUAGCGGACUUCGAACUGUGUUCGAUAGAGACCAAGUACUGGGCCGAGAAUUUGACUCUCAAUCUGUAUCCUAUCGAUGCGGGCACGGACAGUGGCAUGGAUUUUGAAUCUCCAAAUGAGGGAACAAUGCCACCUAAGCCGAUUUCUCUAGCGGUCAUAAACCGUGAAGCAUUGAAGGAUGAUGAGAAAAAGAAGCCAUUUGCCAAACUCCAUAUAAAACUCCUGAAGACCUACAGCAAUCCCGCAUGUAAGGAUUAUGAAGAAGAGAACGAAGUCCCAAGUUAUGGUGGAGAAGAUUCAACUAGCAGAGAUUAUGUAACUUAUACAAACUAUAAAGACAACUUUGAGCCGCCGCAGUACACCACGUCAAGCGAGGAACCCUCGAUGCCGGACGGGGCUGGUGACCCUGAAUGCCCGGUGCAGUGGGAGAAGUGGCUGAGCUGCGAGGGCGAGUGCCGGGAGGGCGUGCUGCGCGGCUACCGGAGCCGCCUCGGCAACCACGUGGUCGACGGCGUGCCGGUCGGGAAGUAUGCUAAUGAUGGAUCUGGAAAUAAUUUCAAGAUACCAAAAGAGUGUCUAGAUAUCCCACUAAUUACUACUGAAGAAUGUGAGGAACCAUGCAAUGAAAGCUCCACGACCGAUCCACCGUUCGCCCCUGGAGAAAAGUGGUUGUAAUAAAUAAAUACUUACUUAAUUAAAUAAAGCAAGCAUUAUUUUGAAAACAUCACCGUGUACACUAUUAACCACGUAACUUGAACAAAUGGCCAUCAAAUGGCGGUUAUUAUGUCAACG